UUCAAUUUUUUCUCUAAAGCCGGACUCGGGCCGCAACAAGGUUGACGCACUGAGGCAAAAACGAACGAACGACCCCAACCAGGAGAAUGUCUGAACCCAUGUACCGCGAUUGGAUUUUGGACACUAUUGACUCACUGCGGUCGCGAAAAGCCAGACCAGACCUUGAAAGAAUUUGUCGAAUGGUCCGGAGACGACAUGGAUCAGCGCCAGAACAAACCAGCGAGGAACUCGAGAAACUGAUCCAAGAGCAAACAGUCUUGAAAGUUAACUACAAGGGCUCGAUUUCCUAUCGAAAUGCAGCCAAAGUAGUCAGAAGAAGCAGGAAAAAGGAUGAUCACACGACCAAAAGAACUGCGGUGGAAGAAGCUAACCACUCCGAUUUGAGCAACGGGGACAGCGCGCUAGGUCCCUUGACCAGGAUGAGACCGAGCAUUUGGAGAAUGAGCUGCCAGUGUCAAUGGAGGCAGACAGCACCAUGGAAGAGGAGGAAGAACAGGAGGGGGCUGAUGAAGAUGGCCAUGAGGGCUCCUCUCCCUCUCCUGGGGGUGAGGAUGCUGUGCAGGGGGGGUCUGGUGCUGCCCCCCCCUACUCUGCCCCCUGCUCCCCCAGCGGCUCUCGCCCUGGCCACAGCCCUGUGUCUGACCGCCCCUCUACCUGCACGACCAGUAAGAGGUCCAGCCCUCUGUCCCCCUCUAGUCCCCUGGCCCUCAGGCAGAAUGACUGUGUGUGUGACUCUGCCUUCUGCCCUGUUGAUCAUGGACCCUCAGGGAUGCAGAGAAACACAGGAACUGGGGCUUUAAAGACGAUACUACAGCCAUCGGGGACCUGUCCCUGGGUUCAGAAGAGCUUGGUGAAGAGAGAGAGAGAGGAUGGGGUGAGGAUGGAGGAGAGUGGCCUCACUUCUGACCAACUGGUUCCUGACUGUGUGGAUGAGACCAUGAAGGGUUCUGACAGACAGCCCAAGACGUUGUCUUUUCCUUCUGACGACUGUGCUAAAUACAAGAAGGGGAUGGACGUGGCCUCUUACGUGAUGGCUCAAGACGAUGUGAAAAACAGAGAAAUCUCUGUGAAGAAGGAGACGCUGAGGCAGAACCUAUUGCUGUGGAGCGUGGCGGACGUGGCCACCUACAUCUCUGCUGCAGGCUUUCCAGAGCAGGCUGUAGCUUUCAGAACACAGGAAAUUGAUGGAAAGUCCUUGCUCCUGAUGCAGCGCAGUGACGUGUUAACUGGCCUGUCCAUCAGACUUGGGCCCGCCCUAAAGAUCUACGAGCGCCACGUGAAGAUGCUGCAGAGGACCCACUUCCUGGAUGAGGAGGAUGAUCUCUGACCACGGUUGGGGGGAACAGAACAACACACUCCUCUGAGCAGCAGAUGUAUUCAUACAGUAUACACACAUACUGUGUUCACUGGAUCUCUAGACCCUUCUGUAACCAUUCAAGGAGGUGUGGGGAAAAGGACACCGUGGUCAUGACUUGGGCCUUGACAGUGAUUAUCAACAUGUGUACGUGGGCUUCCAUUCCACCUCUCUGUGGUACUGCUGUCACCUGACCCAUUCUGGUGGUAUUGCUUUUAUAGGACCCCUCUCUAAACUCAUAUAGGAAUGUUAGGAUCCUGCCUAAUGACGCUAUAGAAGUAAAGUGGAGGUCUGCCUGUUCUGUAAGGGGAGGUCUGCCUGUUCUGUAAGGGGAGGUCUGCCUGUUCUCUAAGGGGAGGUCUGCCUGUUCUCUAAGGGGAGGUCUGCCUGUUCUCUAAGGGGAGG